AUGAAGAUCAAUCUGAAAUAUCAGUUGUGUUGGUACUACAGCAACAACCUCGUGUCCGACCUCCGCUCGUCCCGCCUCGAAGUCAUUGCCGCGUUGAAAUCAAAAGAGCUAUCGCAGACGCUGCUCGUAUUCACCACCACCGCGCGCUCGCUCGCCGCCCGCGCCAAUAUCGUCAAUGCCCUCGCCAUCCCCGAGGCCCACGAGAACUUUACGCGCAAUUGGACUGCUGCCGGGAAGUCGUUUAGUAUACUCCUCUCGACGUAUCCGGAUGUGCUGUACGUUUCGGUUCAGAACAAGACGCUCGAUCGUUGCUAUCUGAACAUCACCUCGAUCGAGGGAUAUGAUCUCUUGAAUCUGGCGGAUGUGUACAAUCUCACACAGCAGGGUAUCUACGAUAGCGUGGACGAUGUUGCCGCGUGGAAUGCGAUCGAUGGCGCACCGCCCGAGUUCAGGAGCUUGAUACCGGCGCAGGAUAGGGAGGGCAUCUCGCCCGAAGACAUCAAUGGGGACGGCGUGUUCCUGGGCCCGGUGACUUUCGAGAGGAGGGACGAGGGCCAGUCGGGCGCCGUGUACGUGGCUUCGCUCACCGUGCCCGUCUUCAACAAUACCACGGCCGUGCCGAGCGAGAGGGAUACCAUGGGGUACAUGACGGUGGUCUUCAACAUACAUUCGCUGCUGGAGGUGACGAACAAUACCAUGGGACUGGGGGAAACGGGACAGGUGCUGCUGCUAGGGCCCGAGAACCGGCUUAAUCGCUGGAACAAUGCGACGGGAGAGUUCGCCAUCAACAGGGCCACCGACAAUUAUCAGUACAUCCUACCACCUAAAAACAGGCCGGAGGUCGUUCUCCAGACGCAGCCGGUCAAACAGUAUCCGCGGGCGUACGACGCGUGGCAUGCGGCGAGUGGAAUGGGCAACUACAGCAGUGUGAGCCUCGACUCGAAGGACGGCUUCGGACAGCAGUCGUCGAUAGGGUUUGCAACCGUUGCUUUCGACGCGACGAAUUCGUCGUUCCUCCUCAUCGUGCAGCAGGCGCAUUCCGAGGCUUUCGAACCGAUGUAUAAGCUGAGAAGGAUCGUGGUGGGGACCGUCUUUGGCACUGUGCUCAUCAUACUGAUUACUACUUUCCCCAUCGCGCACUUCGCCGUCCGACCCAUCCGUCGACUACACGAAGCCACGAAGCUGUGUGGACGACCUCCCGAGUACCGCGAAGAACCCAAGAAGCGGCCGUGGUGGUCGCCGUUGAGGCUGCUGGGUAAGCUGGGUCACAGGGGAUGGGACGCCGAGAGCAUAUCCGACGUUUCGAGUCGGAAUUCCUCUGGCCGACGCGACAACUUCCGGAUCCCGCAAAAGGUGCCGGUGGGACGUCAUUUCGUCAAGGAUGAGCUGACGGCGCUGGUCGAUACGUUCAACGCGAUGACGGAGGAGUUGUUGGGGCAGUACGAGAAGCUGGAAGAGAAGGUGCAGGAGCGGACGGAGCAGUUGCAGCAACAGACGAUCCUGGCCGAGUCGGCGAACGAGGCCAAGACGAUGUUCAUCGCUAACGUGUCGCACGAGUUGCGGACGCCGCUCAACGGUAUCCUCGGAAUGUGCUCGUUGGUCCUGGAAGAGACGAAUCUGCCGCAGAGCGCACGGGAAAACCUGGGUGUGGUCUUCAAGAGUGGAGAAUUGCUGUUGCAUCUCUUGACAGAUCUGAUCACUUUCUCGAAGAAUCAGGUUUGGGGUGCGCAGGUCAAGAUGGAGACGGGGCCGUUCCUUGUGCGCGAGUUCAUCUCCCAGGUCAUGGCCUUCUUUACCAGCCAGGCCAAGGAGAGGAAGAUUGAACUUACCUGCGAGGUCAUGCCAUCCGAUGGGAUCGAUUUCGUCUUGGUUGGCGAUGUCAAUCGGAUUCUACAGGUCAUCAUUAACCUCAUUUCCAAUGCGUUGAAGUUCACUGGCGAGAAUGGCUCGGUGAUGUUGCGUAUUGUCAUCGAAACGAUGCCCGAUGCCGGCUCGAUGGAUAUCACUCCGUACACCGAGGUCACGGAGAAGGACUACAUGGCUUCUCCGAUUUUCUUUAAGGACACCCCCGGCAACUGGGCACAAACGACUCCGCCACUAUCGCCGUCCGCCUCGGCAUCUCCUUCCAGCCCCGUCAGCCAGACUCGGCCAUCGCGGCCACCGCUGUUCACCAGGCACUCGACCGCAUCCGGACCUAAUAAUGCCGGAUCGGAUGUGACGAAGGCGUUCCUGACACGAUCGAAGAGGUUGUUGAAUCCCGAGACUGCAGCCGAUGCCCCUAGAUCCCGCGCCGCUUCGCCUUCGACCAGUGCCGCAACGCACUGGGUCGAGUUCCGCGUCAUCGAUACGGGACCGGGAGUGCCGGAGCACAUGCAACAGAAGAUCUUUGAACCGUUCGUGCAGGCGGACGUGGGGUUGUCUCGGAAAUACGGCGGUACGGGGCUGGGACUGAGUAUCUGUCAACAGCUGAGCAAGCUCAUGGGCGGCGAUAUCCACCUCAAGAGUUUCGAGGGCGCAGGGAGCACCUUCAGCCUGCGGAUACCGAUGCAAUACUCGUCGGCCAGUCAAUCCGCCGCCGGAUCGAGCCAGCAAUACGGGCGACCACUAUCGGUCACUCGGAGUAGACGUAGUGCGCAGACCACCACUCGCAGUCUCAGCGCCUUCUCGGGUCCGGCAUUCAGCGGCCGAAGCACACACGAAGCGCCGACGGCCCAGGAUGGAAAUAUGCGCCUGGUCGGCCUGUCGCAACCGUUCUUUGUUCCCAGUAGAGCCGAGAGCAUGAACGAGUUUGAGAUGGCGGAUCAGCAGGAAGGGAUGACGAGUGCCAGCGAUGAUUCGGACGACGACGGUUCCGGAAAACAGGCUCAGCAUCCUUCACCGCAUCUACCGCAUCCACCGAUGAUGACGCCGGUCGUGGAGGUCACCACGCCGGGGACCAUGAAGGGUUCCACACGAAUGGAGUUUCCGAUGCGCAGCGAUGGACCUUCGGAUUCCGAGGAGAAGCCAGGGCCCGGGGUGUCGAUCGUUUCGGAGGAGGACGAGGAGGAGGAGCGGCAGGAGACGGACGAUGAGGACGAGGAGGAGGAAGAGGAUAAGACUAUCCGCUGCCUCGUGGUCGAGGACAACAAGAUCAACCAAAAACUGGUCGUCAAAGUGCUGCAGCUGGAGAAGGUUCAAGAGAUUACCGUUGCCGAAGACGGCGUCCAGGCGGUCGACAAGGUCAAGGAAGUCAUGGCUAAGGGUUCCAAGUUCGACAUCAUCUUUAUGGAUAUCCAGAUGCCGAACAUGGACGGUCUCGAAGCGACGCGGCAGAUACGCGCACUGGGAUAUGGCGCGCCAAUCGUCUCGCUCACGGCGUUCGCCGAGGAGAGCAACAUCAAAGAGUGCUACGAGUCGGGGAUGGACUGCUUCCUGUCGAAGCCGAUCAAAAGACCGCAGAUCAAGCAGAUGGUCAGCCGGUACUGUCCCGGUAAGCUCGAGGGUGGGGCUGGGGGUGCGGCAAAGUAG